ACCACCAUAAUUACCAAUUUCAUUCUCUUGGGAUUGACAGAUCAUCAGGAGAUGCACCCACUGCUCUUUGCUAUAUUUUUAGUAAUUUAUAUUAUCACUUUGGCUGGGAACCUUGGAAUGUUUGUAUUGAUCUGGAUUGAUUCCCAACUUCAUACACCAAUGUACUUUUUCCUCAGCAAUCUGUCCUUUCUAGAUGUUUGCUAUUCCACCACAGUCACACCUAAUAUGCUGGUCAACAUUAUGAUGAGCAACAAAUCUAUCUCGUUUACUGCCUGCAUUGCACAAUAUUGUUUUUUUGCCAUCUUUGCCACCACAGAGUUCUUCCUCUUGGCUGCCAUGGCAUACGACCGAUACAUGGCUAUCCGAAAUCCCUUGCUCUACACCGCUGUAAUGACUAAAAGGCUUUGCACAGCAUUGGUAGCUGGAUCAUAUUUUGUGGGUUUUGUGAACUCUCUCAUUCAUACAAGUGGAUUGCUAAGGUUAUCCUUUUGUGCUUCUAACGUUAUCAACCAUUUUUUCUGUGAUCUCACCCCCCUCCUGAAACUGUCUUGCGAUAAUAUCUAUUUAAAUGAGAUGCUGAUUUUCACAUUUGGCAGCUUGUUUGAAAUGAGCACCCUUUUGAUCAUUAUAAUCUCUUAUGUAUUCAUUAUUGUAGCUGUGCUAAGGAUUCACUCUGCUGAGGGGAGAUACAAAGCUUUUUCCACUUGUGCUUCCCACCUCACAGCUGUGGCCAUAUACCAUGGGACCAUUCUCUUCAUGUACUUCAGGCCCCAUUCAAGCUAUUCACUUGACACAGACAAAAUGGCCUCCGUGUUCUACACAGUGAUAAUACCCAUGUUGAACCCUCUGAUCUACAGCCUGAGGAACAAAGAUGUUAAAUGUGCUUUUAAAAAAUUGAUUGGAAAAAAAGUGUUUUCUCAGUGA